AUGGCAGAUCCCCAGGUCAUUUCGGACGAUAGCUCUGAAGAAGCGGAGGAAGAUGAGGAAGAGGCGAGAAGAAUCAGGGAAGGCUUUAUUGUGGACGAAGAUGAGGACGAGGAGGAAGACGAUGACGAGGCAAGGCAUCGACGAAGGAAGCGGCGUAAGAGGAGACAUCGGAGGCGCGACGAGGAGGCCUUGGAAGAAGAUGACCUUGAGCUGCUAGAGGAAAACACAGGCACUUCAUUCAGGAAUCGACUGACUCGCUUACGACGCGGGCCAGAAGGUGGUUCUCCACCCGCUCCAUCGACCUCUAAGCGCAAACCAGUUGUGGAAUCGUCAGAAGAUGACUUAGAUGAUGAGGACCUGCCGCAAGUCCAGGAUAUUCAGCGGAUUUGGGAUGAUGAGCGCGCUGGAGGUGGACGUGAUGAUGAGGAAGACAUGGACGAUUUCAUCGACUACGAAGAUGAAGACGAAGGUGCUGGUGCUAUGGAUGAGCAGGAACGUGAGGAAAGACGAAGAGAGAGGAAAAAGCGAGAGAGGGAGAGGCGGCAAGCUAUUGGCUCUCGUCCUGAGCUAGCUGGCAUCGACGAUAUGGCAUGGGACGAAAUACAUGGUGUCUUCGGAGACGGCCAUGACUAUGAUUGGGCAUUGGUGGGUGACGAUGAAAUGGAUUUCGAGGAAGAGCGUCUCAAGCCGGAGAUGAGAUAUCAAGACGUAUUCGAACCGUCAGAGAUCCGUGCGCGUAUGUUGACUGAGGAUGAUGAUCUGAUUCGGGCGCAAGAUAUACCAGAGCGCAUGCAAUUAGCAACUUCGUCACUUUCUCAAUCAUCGACGCUAUCCCUUCACCAGAACCUUACUGAAGCUGAUUUGGACGAUGCAGCAAUGUGGGUUACCGUCCGACUAUCCCCUCGAAAAACAAGAGAUUUCUUUAGUCCGGAAGGCCCGUACAACAUGUAUCGCGAGCCUUUGGUCAUGGCCGUGACAUAUGCUCUUCGCUUUCUUUUCGUCCAGGAGUUCGAAGUCCCGUAUAUUUGGACUCACAAACGGGACUACAUCUCGUAUUUCAACCCUCAAGAAAUGCGCACUCGGGUUCAGCUUAUCAGCCUCGCCGAACUCUGGCGCAUAUAUGCACUUGGCCAAAAGUAUCGGUCUCUAGCUCAAAGGAGGAACGCCCUAGCCUUGUCAUAUGCGCGCCUGAAUGUCGAGGACGAGUAUUUUGAGCAGACAAUUAGGCCAAAAAUUGACAGUGUGGAGGUUGUCACUGAUGCAACCGAAUGGUUGACCAUGAGGUAUAAACUCAAGAAGCAGGAUGCCUUUGACUUCCAGUUCCACGACGACGACGAUCAAGCGGAAACCAGAAAGCGAAAGACUCCCAGCCGCAUAUCUGCGUACGAGGUAGCCAAGAAGAGUAUAGUUUCUAAACUUGCUGAUGGCUUCGGUAUUAAACCACACGAGGUGGUUUACAACUUCGUUGCACAAGAGAACGCGCAUUUUGUCGAUGAUCAGGAGCUGAAUCCCGUUGCAUUUGCGGAGCAGUUUACGGAUCCGGAUGCCGUUGUGGCACAACCCGCUGAAGAGGUACUGCGUCGUGCUCGGAUGAUUCUUGCAACAGAACUUGGCAAAGAUCCUUUGUUGCGUCAAGCAAUGCGUGAUCUUUUCAAGACUGAUGCUUUGAUCUCUGUAUUGCCGACAGAGAGGGGAAUGACUAAAAUCGAUGAGCACCAUCCAUACUUUAAUUUCAAGUACCUUCAUCACAAGAGUAUUACGCAGAUGAUGGACACACCACAGUUUCUUCAUAUCCUUGCGGCAGAAGCUGAGCUCUUGGUCACCGUAUCAACAUUCCUUACCAACGAGGCAAAGUCGAAGUUCGAGCGUAGACUCAACGAUGCAUUCGCAUCUGACAGUUAUAGUGAUACUGCCAGAGCUUGGAAUGAAGAGCGGUCACGUGUCGUCCAAGAGGCCCUUGAACAACACCUUAUACCUGUGGGUGUUAAGUGGGCGCGGGAAUGGCUUCGAGAGGAAGUAGAAGACACACUCGCAGCCCACUGUGGCAACGUUUUGAGAGAGCGCAUUGACGUGGCUCCAUAUAUCACUCCUGAAAUGAAACCUGGUGACACUGCGUCUGUACUUGCCGUGUCUUGGGGCAAGGGUGACCCUCAAAAGGAUGCCAUCACCUUGGUUUUUCUAGACGAGGCAGGGAGACUACGCGAGCAUACCAAAAUUGACAAUCUUGUUGAUCGUGAUUACCUGGACGAGUUCACAGAUCUUUUGAAGCGAAGACGUCCUGACGUUAUCGUCAUGGGUGGCUUGAGCAUGGCUACGACCAAGCUGUCAUCGAAGGUUAGGGCUCUUAUUAAAGGAGAGCCAUCAAAUUCGGAUUCAACAGCAAAUGGUGCGGAUGGCUGGGGAGUUUCAGAGGCCCCAAAGGAAGCAAAUGAACAGGCGUUCAACAUCCCUGUGAUGUACGUCCGUGACGAAGUUGCUCGUAUGUACCAACACAGCAAACGAGCCGCGGAGGAAUUCAGUGCACUGUCGCCUGUUGCCAAAUAUUGUGUUGGACUUGCUCGGUAUGUUCAGAGUCCGUUGAACGAGUACUCCGCGCUUGGGCACGACAUUACUGCCAUUCCCCUUGAGGAUGAAGAUCAGCACCUGAUUCCCAAGGAGAAGUUACUCUCAGCUCUGGAGCGAACUCUGGUUGACGUCACGAAUAAAGUUGGAGUUGAUAUCAACCGCGCUGUCAACGACUCCUACUAUCAGCAUUUAUUGCCUUUCGUCUGCGGACUCGGCCCACGAAAAGCCCAGGUUCUAGUCAAGAAGAUUUCCGCCAUGGGUGGAAAUCUGAUAAAUCGUGACCAAUUCAUCAAGUCGUCAUUAAUCGACACUGCCGACGAUGACGUUCAAGAUCCCCUUGAUGAUACUCGUAUCCACCCCGAGGAUUAUGAAUUGGCCCGCAAAAUGGCAACUGAUGCCCUGGAGUUAGAUGAAGAAGACAUUCACGAUGAACAUCCUUCUCAUGUUGUCUCAGUCAUCAUGCAGGAUGUUGACAACGAAAAGAAGUUGAACGAACUUAACCUCGACGAGUUUGCCGUCAGUAUGUAUGAGGCGAAUGAAGACCGUAAACGUCAUACAUUGAAUGUCAUUCGGGAGGAGCUGCUGAAACCGUUCUCCGAACAAAGGGCUCCUUUUCCCUCUCUAGGGCCAUGGGAUGUUCUCACGAUGCUCAGUGGAGAGACUCCUCGAACGCUCCGUAUGGGUCUUAUUGUUUCGAUUAUGGUGGUCCGCCUUGAGCAAACUCUCGUCCAUAUUCGCUUGGAUUCCGGUAUCGAGGGCGUCAUUGAUAUCGGGUACCUUACUGAAGAAGGCAACAUGGCCCCCAAGGAUGUCGUUAAGAAAGGACAAACUAUACCAGGUGUCAUCGUCGAUGUCAAGCUGGAUUUACCUGCAGACCAGUUCUUUGUUAAAGUGUCCGUUCGUCAGUCUGAUCUUCGUGCGGGUGAUGGCCUUUUCCGAUCUGUCAAACGCGACGAUCAAUGGAACCUCCCACAGUUUGAACGGGAUUCGGAGAUGCAGGCUCGUAAAAAACGCGCAGAGAUUGAUCGGACGAGGAGAGUAGUCAAACAUCCCAAUUUCCAUAACUUCAAUGCCACCCAGGCUGAGAACUACCUUGACAAGCAACAGCGUGGCGAUGUUGUAAUUCGCCCAUCUUCCAAAGGCGUUGAUCACCUCGCUGUAACUUGGAAGGUUGACGACAAGCUUUAUCAGCAUAUCGACGUUACCGAAAUUAAUACAGGCCAAGGAGGGAAUUUACUCAUCGUCGACGAAAAGCAUCAAUAUGCUGAUCUAGAUGAAUUGAUUGUUAAUCACGUUCAGGCAACCGCCCGUAAAGUGGAGGAGUUGAUGGCCCACGAAAAAUUCAAGCACGGCUCUGAAGAUGAACUUCAUCUGUUUUUGAAAAACUUCGUUGCGGCCAAUCCUGCAAAGAGUAUAUAUGGCUUCACCUUGAACCGGAGAAAGCCUGGCCAUUUCAACUUGUGCUUUCUUGCUAACAAGAACUCUACCGUUCAGACAUGGCCUGUCCGAGUUAUGCCCGAAUCCUAUUGUCUCUUUGAUGCCGCAGUAGCUGGUGUUCCUGAGCUUUGCGAUGCCUUCAAAGUCCGGUGA